UAACAUCCACAGCAUCACAUACACAUGACGGUCGAAUCCCUCCUUCGAGCCCUCGGGGACGAGAUUGAAGAUGCGGAAGAAGAAUCCUUCCUCCUCUUCUCCCAACCCAUUCCCUCCCAGAACCUAGGUUUCGUCGACCAAUCCGCCACCUCAAUCGACCUCACCAUUGCCGGCCGCGACCUCACUAUCCACCAAUCCCCUACCAUCCUCUCUUCCACCCGCGGCGGCGGCACUACAGGUGCAGUUCUCUGGAAAAUCACCCCCCUAGUCGCAACCUGGCUCUCCUCCCCCACCAACCCUUUUACCACGCACUCAAUCUUCACCCCCUCCUCCACCCUCCUCGAACUCGGCUCUGGUAUCUCCGGGGUAAUCGCCCUGGCCCUAUCCCCAAGUGUCAGCUCCUACACACUCACUGACCAAUCCUACGUCCUAAAGUUGCUGAGGCAGAAUAUCUCUUCCAACCUUCCCUCCCUCUCUAGGAAACCGAAAUCUAGCAAUAACAAUAAUUCGUCGAAAUCAAAAGCAAAAUCUAAAGCCAAGCGCGGGGCCGCUCAAACUACAGCGGCAGAGAGCGGUGAGGGUGGAGAAGGAGGGGAAGGGGACUCGAAUAUUCAGAUCAAGACGCUAGACUGGGAGACAGAUGAGGUAGCGGGCCUGCUUCCGGGCAGAGGGAGUUUUGACGCGGUGAUUGCGUGUGAUUGCAUAUACAACGAUGCGUUAAUCGAUCCGCUUGUGCAAGCUUGUGUUGAUGCCUGUCGGUUGCGUGACAGAGAGAGAAACGCCCACCGCGAUGGCGACGACACAACCAUAACCACCAGCAACAGCGGCAGCAGCUCCGAUGCCCACACCAACAGCGGCAGCGGAGGUGGUGAAGCAGCAGGAUUGGGGAAUGUAGAGGGAAAGACUGUUUGUAUUAUAGCUCAACAGCUACGCUCAGACCAGGUCUUUAACGGGUGGCUUGCUGCGUUUAAAGAGUCGUUCCGCGUGUGGAGGGUUCCGGAUGAGGUUGCGGGGGUGGGGUUAAGGGGAGGAGAGGGGUUCAUUGUUCAUGUUGGUGUUUUGCGGUAGAGUGGAGUGUUUGAGGGUAGUUAGGGGAGGGAGGUAUUUAGGGGGGGGAAUGGCUCUCCCAUCCCCUUUUGCACUAGAAACUACCACUACUCUCUAGGUUUUGCCUAAAUGAGCCUGCGUCAGCUAAAGCUCGCUUCUUAGCAGGCUUGGGAUCUUUUACGCAAUAACGGAAUAGAGCAAUCCAGAGGCAGAAUGAGUAUGCUAUACCCACCACUCAGCAGCCUUAGAUUGAUGCUUGUUUGGGACUAGGGGAGAAUUACGGAGGUAGCGACAGCAUGGUAAGGACAUACGUGGGGCUUUAGCACGUUGGACGAGAAAUGCGGGAACACAGACUUCGCAG